AUGAACGCAAAGGUUCCGAUCCCCCGCUCAGUCUUUCCCAGUAACUAUACUACCAGUCGCCGCGUCAGUAGAGCCUGUGAGAAUUGUCGCGAUCAAAAGGCCAAAUGCAGCGGACAUCGCCCCUCCUGUCAGCGCUGUCUGGUUAGUGAUGCCCGAUGUUUCUACGGCGAUCGGAAACGAGAAAAGACGGACAGAGAGCUAAAGGAUCUAUCCGCACAAGUGCAAACCCAUAAAAACUUACUACGAGAUCUGUACCCACGCCUGGACUCGACUUCCGCGCAGCACAUCGAUCAGGCCUUCGGUGGUCUAUUAGUCAGAUCCCCCGAAUCUUUUGCCACUCCAUCCGAUGUUGGGAGAACAGGAAUCCCACAGGUCACCAGGGACUACACCGACGAGGAUUUUAACCGCGAUGAAGCAUCGCAGGCCAUGGGGUUCGUUGGAGAGCACUCAGAAGUGACAUGGUUGUACAGACUCAAGCGUGAUCUAGAUAAGGGCGCUUUCACCCCUGUCGGAGACAUGCCUGAUCAACCAUCGGUCUCAUCUCUCAAUUACUUUCUAGAUGACUUGGACAUCCCUGUCCCUGACGAUAUUGACGUUUCAGUACGACCACCCCAGCAGAUUGCUGAUAGGCUCGUCGAAAGUUAUCUCCAGACCAUUCAUCCCGAUUUCCCCAUCAUCGGCAAGGAAACUUUCCUCAACCAAUACCAGUCCUUCUAUUCGAAUCCUAACGUGCGGCCCGGCAAGCGAUGGACAGCCGUGCUAAACCUCGUGUUUGCCAUCGCAGCAAAACACUGCCAUCUGCUUCAAAACCAAUGCCAGGGGAACUAUACUGACCACUUGGCCUACUUUGCUCGGGCAUGGCGGUUAAAUAUUGGCAGCGUCGGGUUGUUAGACCAUCCAAACCUACAACAAGUGCAGGUAGAGGGUCUAGCUGCAUUUUACCUCUUGUCGACGGGGCAGGUUAACAGAUCCUGGCAGAUCCUUGGGAUAGCGAUUCGCUCAGCGGUGGCAAUGGGACUCAAUCUCCGUAGUGAGACGGACAGUGUCGCCCAUCUAUCAAGGGAAACUCGAUACCGCGUGUGGUGGGCAUUGUUUGCGUUGGAUACUGUGCUAUACGUGAUGACGGGGCGACCCCCCAGCACCGGCGGCAUCUUUUGCACUACGCCACUCCCCGUUCCAUAUCGUGAAGAGGACUUCUGGAAUGAAGGAGUAACUCAGCUUAUCACCAACCACGAAGCCCGGAGCAAUUUGUUAGCAUCUCUCCUCACCUCCAGCAAACCCACCACCCAUGGGUCUAGCGUGGCCUCUUCAAUAACCCUGUCGUCAAGCACGGGCACCGAGCAAACGCCCCAGUCGAUAAAGGAAACCCCAUCACCGAAUAUAUCCCUUUAUUUCCUUUAUGUGGUGGAUUUGGCGAUGUUAACGCGGGAGGCAAUUGAAACCUUGUACGCACCCGGGGCGGGAAUACGGCGAUCGUGGUUGGAGAUGGAAAUGGCAAUCUCUAAUUUCAACACUACUGCUGACAAUUGGCUCUCACGUCUGCCAGCGGAGUUUCGAUUCGGCGAGUUCGACAGUACCCGUCCUUACAUCCGCCACCGCAUCAGUCUAGCUUUCCGCUUCUAUACCACUAAGCUCGUUAUCUCGCAGCCGUGUCUCCGCCGUCUCGCCCAUCAAGUCUCCGGCACACCUUCCCACAGCUCCGAGUGCGAUGUAAUAGCAACAAUAUGCGUGGAAGCUGCGCAGCAGAUGUUAGAUAUCCUGCCUGAGGAACCCGACAUUAAUUGGCUAUACGAGAUGUUGCCCUGGUGGUGUUUUCUCCACUACAUCAUGCAAUCCACAACAGUUAUACUGGUUGAUCUCUUCACCAGGACUCUGCCCGGGACAACCGAGGCUACCGGACUCACGGAGAAAGUCCAGAAGGCUGUCCGCUGGCUCUACGCCAUGUCGGACAGAGACCCUUCUGCACAUCGAGCCUGGCUUGCCCUGGGAGCCACUCCCGCCUUUCCGCUCCCCGUGGAAUCGGAUUCCGAACCAACGUAUUGGGUUCUAUUAUCAAAACUAAACUAUGCCAUCAUGCUCCAUUUUACUUUCGACGCCCUGCCUUGGUUUUGA